AUUUCAGGCUACCACGGCGCUCUUUGCACGAUAUCAUGUCCAGCAGGUCACUUUGGUGAAUCUUGUGCACCCUGUCAGUGUAGGAAUGGUGCUGGCUGUGAUCCAGUCACUGGCGAUUGCUUUUGUGCUGCAGGAUGGACCGGACCCAAGUGUGAUACACCGUGUGCGGCUGGCACCUAUGGGCCACAUUGCUCCAUCGCAUGUCGCUGUAAAAAUGGUGGAGAAUGUGACCGAUUCACUGGUGAAUGUAAAUGUCCUCGUGGAUUCAAAGGUUUAUGGGAAUGUACCUUCUACAAAGACUUAUUCACACAUCCAUUCACGAUUAUUUAUCCGCCAUGGUUACAUUCUGGAUGCACCGCACUUCCGGUUUUCAUUCACAACUAUGAAGGCAUUUCCGUAAUUGCCCAGGGCCUAAGUAUUGGUGUAGAUGGUAUUGGACUCCCGAAAGGGUUUGAUAUGCUUGCGGUCCGAUGCCCUCGCUCAGUGCUCAGUAAAUGUGAGAGCAUUUUUUUAGGAGAGGACUGUUCCACACAGUGCGAUAACGGCUUCUAUGGUGAUGACUGUCAUCUGAAAUGUGACUGUAAUGGUGGAAGCUGUCAGCAGAAGACUGGAAAAUGUGUCUGUGGCACUGGAAAAGAAGGCGAUACUUGUUCCGCAGGUAAUGUGCCCUCCUUGAAAAGAAGAUUUAAAGAAAAUCUUCCAGAAAUACUAUUCGUGAUACUUACAGAGUGCAAUCCAGGACAUUUCGGGUUUGGUUGCAGUGAGACGUGUAGUAACUGCACCCAAGAUGGGGUCCCCACGGCAUGCGACGCGAAGACUGGAGCAUGUUUAAAGUCUUCGAAUGCGUCACUGAUAGGGAGCCCGCCUAGCCAUUUGAACGGACUGGACUUCUGCAUUAUUUCCAGGUCAGGAGCGAACUGCCUGCACAGCUGCGAAGAUGGCAAAUGGGGUGAGAACUGUGCCAACAAGUGCACAUGCGCAGAAGGUCACAAGUGUGAUCCCAUAACGGGAAAGUGCAUCUGCGACCAUGGAUACACCGGAGAAAAUUGUGAACAAAAAUGCCCUGAAGGGAAAUGGGGAGUUGAAUGUGCAAAUGACUGUCCGGCAUGCGUCAAUGGUGCCAAAUGUAAUCAUGUAGACGGUACUUGCAGUUGUCCUGCUGGAUACGAAGGACGUCUUUGUAACAGAUUGUGUGUUGCGGGUUUCUGGGGUUUGGGUUGUGCCCGAAACUGUACCUGUGCGUCGGAAUUCAAGCAAUGUGAUCCUCAUACCGGUGAAUGUGCUUGUCCUGCUGGUUGGCAAGGGGAUCGUUGCAAUGUACCAUGCGAAGAUGGCUUCUAUGGUCCGGACUGUAUCAACAAAUGCAAAUGUCGUGGUACCUCGUCAGCGAGUUGUCAUCGAGUCACCGGUGCCUGUCAAUGCCACCCUGGAUUCACUGGGGAAUAUUGCCACGCUUUAUGCCCCAAAGGCUACUAUGGUCUAAGAUGUUCGCGAGAAUGCGGUGACUGUGGAGUAGGCUAUGAAUGUGAUGCAGCCAUCGGUUGCUGUCACGCCGAUCAGCUGAGCUGUGGACAAGCAUUGCUGGAAUUCCAACGGCAGCAAGGUGAGCAUGAAUCGCGUGCUGGUAUCAUCGUGCUCGCUCUGGUCGUCUUCGGUAUAGCAUCGGUCCUUCUCGUCUCAAUGAUGCUUUACUACAGGCGGAAGUACUUCCGUGAAAAGGAACCCGAUGUUCCAACCGUUGUNAGAAUGUUCCAUGCCAUCGACAAUGGCGAGCCAACCGAGUUCAAUAAUCCUCUGUAUUCGAGGCAAUCAGUUUUAGUGGAUCCAGAUAGGGCAGAAUUGACCGCCGAGGAGGAAGCUCUCGAACAGAAAAAACUUCGAGGGCCAUCUCGCAAGGAUCGGACGACGAAAAGCCACGAGCGGGGCUGUAAACUCGUCCAGACUCUUAGCUAUGUAGCAAUUUAA